AACGCUGACGACAGAAUGACGUGCAAUGCAAGCGCUGGCAACAUGGCGGCAUCCGUGAGACUACUGGUACGGAGAGUAAUUCGUCUCUCAAACAGGAAUAUUUCCGUGAACUCUGGGUCAGUCUCCACUCCUUCAACUCGCCUCUGGAGAAACUCGCCCCGUCGGUGUUUCAGCGAUGACAGAAAUACACAUUUCGGCUUUGAAACGGUGUCAGAGACGGAAAAGUCGAAAAGAGUAUAUCAGGUGUUUGAGAAUGUGGCCGAGAAAUACGACGUCAUGAAUGAUGCCAUGAGUCUUGGGAUUCAUCGGCUGUGGAAGGACAUGUUGCUGCGUGCCAUGCACCCUCAGCCUGGUGCACAGCUUCUGGACGUGGCAGGGGGAACAGGGGACAUUGCCUUUCGUUUCCUUGACUUCAUUCGUGUGAAGCAAGAGCAGAACAAAAGAAAGUCAUCGCGUUCCAUGCAGUCUCCGCCGUGGCAAGAAAUCUCCAACAGCUACUUCUCCGAAGACGGGGACAUGUUCCAGGAAUCCAGAGCUGUGGUGUGUGACAUUAACAAGGAGAUGCUAAAAGUGGGCAAACAGAAGGCAGACAGCAGUCGCAUCAGUGCAGGUUUGUCCUGGGUGGUUUGCGACGCCGAGGAGCUGCCCUUUGAUGACAACCAGUUUGACAUUUACACCAUCGCGUUUGGCAUCCGCAAUGUCACUCACAUUGAUCAGGCACUUCAAGAGGCUCACCGGGUCCUAGAGUUCAAAUAUAUGAUAGAAGACGCAGGUUUUAGCAGUGUGAAAUAUCACAACUGGACCGGGGGAGUCGUGGCUCUUCACUCUGGCUUCAAACUAUAACAAGUUCGGAGCAAAUGGAAUUAAAAAGACUGUCUUGAGAAAUCUUCGCUACACAAAACGUUACGACCUCAGUGACUGUUUGUAGUUUUGUGAAUACUGUAAAGAUACAAGUUAUACUGCCCGGAAAUAAAAAUAUAUGCGUCUGUAUGUGUCAAAUGAAAAUAAAAGUUGAAUAUAAUAUUAAGA